CUUACACACUUGCCCUCUCAUUUUUCUGUGCUACAGCAGACAUUCAUUUGAACAGGCCCAAAUUCCAAAUAUCAAGGAAGCCCAGUAACCCAUAUGAAUAAAAUAAGAGACAGUUUAUCUUCCUUUUCUCUCUGGAUGGUCAAAACUCAAAACCCUCAUUUACUGUGCGGUAGCUUCCCACAUCAUUGUUGCAGAGAUGAUAAAACGCCGUCGUUAGCAAUGCCCGUUCGGUUCUCAUUUUCUUAGAGUUGGUGUCCUUUCUCAACGAUCAGUCACAGCUUUCAUUAUUCAUUCACAUAUUCUUCCCGGGCUAAAGUAUCAGGAUUUGAUGUCAGAGGUUCAAGCAAAAAGAGUUAAUAAAGAUAGGAUCAGUGCACUACCAGAUGAAGUCCUUUAUCACAUCCUUUCGUUCCUUAAAACCGAAGAUGUUGUGAUGACCAUCUUUUUGUCUAGAAGAUGGAAGAACAUUUGGGCCUCUGUUCCGAGUCUAGAUUUCUGUGACCAAGAAAACCCUGACACUAUUCCUUUUUCGAGGUUUAUUGAUAAUGUACUCUUCUUCCGUGACUCAACAGACAUUCAUAAGUUUCGUCUCCAUUCCAUUAGUGUUGAGGAUUUUGAUCGUAUUUGUGGUUGGAUUGGCGCUGCCAUUAGGCGCAAUGUUGUUGAACUUGAUCUUUCUGUUAAGUAUUAUGGAGGUGAUGAGGAUCACCAGCAGAUCUUUAAGUUGCCUAAGAGUGUUUUCACAUGUAAAACUCUGAGGGUUUUGAAAUUGUGGUCAAAUUUUAUUAUCAAUGCUCCUGAAUCAGGGUGUUUCCCGAAUCUCAAAUCUCUCUGUGUUCAUUUUGAUCUUCCUGUUAAUAACUCAAUGGAGAAACUUUUUUCUUGCUGCCCUGUGCUGGAAGAUUUGAGCAUACAUGGAAAUCAUGGAUUUUAUGGUUUGAAUUUCACCGUAUCUGCACCUGAACUGAAGACACUGAAAGUAGAAUGGAUGACGCAUGGUGAUUAUGAGAGGUGCAACUUUUAUGUUGUUGCCCCAAAGCUUGAAAAUUUUCAUCUCUGGCAGUAUCCUUCAACAGACUGUUUUUUGGAGAAUGCAAAAUCUCUAGUCAGAGUUACUAUUUCUCUACAAGACCACUUUGCCGAUGAAGACCGUCUCUUUGCUAUCCGUGGAACUGCGCUUCUGGCAGUAAUUUCCAAUGUUAGAUACUUGUCUCUUUCAGCACAUUGUUUGAAAGGGUGUUGUCUUCCUGUCUUUGAUAAGUUGAGCCGAUUGGAGCUUGCUCUCUACAGUUGCUAUUACUGGGAACUGCUAAAAGAGCUUCUCAGGAGAUCACCUAAACUGGAAUAUCUUGUCUUAGAGCUGAAAGACUUCAUAUGCUCCACGGCACCUUCGAGUCAUCAAUGGAGUCCACCAGAGUCGAUACCUAUCUGUUUGUUGACGCAUCUCAAGACUGUCUCUAUAAGGGGAUUCAAGGGAAAACUGGAUGAGAUGGAUGUGGCAAAGUAUUUGUUAAACAACGGUGAAGUUUUGAAGAAGAUGACUUUUUAUAGUGAGGAUCUUUUGCGUACCAAAGAGGAGUUAAAAAUGGAGCUGUCAAUGUGUCAUUGGGGUUCAAAGACUUGCCAAGUUGAAUUUUUCCCGGACCAAAAAGACGAAGGCUUGUCAUUUUUAGGUAUGCGUUCUUGGGUUUAG